UUCGGGCGGGCGCUGCGCUGCGGUGCGGCGGGGGGAGCGGACGUGACAGGCGGAGGGCGAUGGUGGUUCCCCGGGGACAGGAGCAUCGGGCCCCGCAGGAGGUUGAAACAAGGGAAGAUGAGGAACAAAACAUCAAGCUGACGGAAAUUUUGGAACUGUUGGUGGCUGCUGGGUAUUUCCGAGCAAGAAUCAAAGGGUUAUCACCCUUUGACAAGGUUGUAGGCGGUAUGACGUGGUGCAUCACUACCUGCAACUUUGAUAUCGAUGUUGAUUUAUUGUUUCAGGAGAACUCUACUAUUGGUCAGAAAAUUGCCUUAACUGAAAAAAUUGUGUCAGUAUUACCAAAAAUGAAGUGUCCUCAUCGUUUGGAACCGCAUCAGAUCCAGGGUCUGGAUUUCAUUCAUAUAUUUCCUGUUGUACAGUGGCUGGUGAAACGUGCAAUAGAAACAAGGGAAGAAAUGGGGGACUAUAUCCGUUCUUACUCUAUAUCACAGUUUCAAAAAACUCAUAGACUUCCAGAGGAUGAUGAAUUUAUGCAAAGAAAAGAGAAGGCUAUCAAAACAGUUACUGAUAUCUUUGAGGUUUACAAACCCCAGAGAAAAUACAAACGUCAGAAGGGAGCUGAAGAACUGGUAGAUGAGGAAUCAAAGGUUCACGCUACGCUUCUUGAAUAUGGCAGGAGGUAUGGAUUUAGCAGACAAGCAGGAAAAACAGAACAGACUGAAGAUAAGAAAAUUAUGCUACCCUCAGGGCUUGCAGCAACAGGAAAAGCUGAGCCUUGUGAUGAAGAUGACCUUCGGGCAGCUGAAGAGCUUCGCAUUAAAACUCUGAUGACUGGAAUGGCUGCAAUGGCAACAGAAGAGGGCAAGUUGACAGCAAGCACAGUAGGACAGAUAGUUGGACUCCAGUCGGAUGAGAUCAAGCAAAUAGUGUCAGAAUAUGCUGAAAAGCAGUCUGAGCUUUCUGCUGAGGAGCGACCAGAAAGGCUUGGAGCUGCUCAGCAACACAGAAGGAAGGUGGCAUCCCUGAAUAAGCAGAUUUUGCAGAAAACCAAACUCCUGGAAGAGCUGCAAGCUAAAUGUGCUGAUCUACAGGCAAAAUGUACUGAAGCAAAAAAGACAUUAAGUGAGGUCAAGAGUUACAGUGAAAAGCUGGACAAAGAACUAGCAGCCUUAGAAACAAUAGAAUCCCAAGCAGAUUCCAGUGUGUUACAGAAUCUGCGAACUCUGGUAGCCAUGAAUGAAAACCUCAAAAGCCAGGAGCAAGAAUUUAAAGCACACUGUAGGGAAGAAAUGGAGCGGCUUCAACAAGAUAUUGAGAAUUUGAAAGCUGAGGCAGCAGAAAAUGGGGAGGAAGAGGAGCCGAAUAAGCUCAUAGACCAGCAAUACAAAACUGAGAAAGAAAAACUUCAGAAGAUACGGCUAUUGUUGGCACGAAGAAACAGAGAAAUAGCGAUUUUACAGCGCAAGAUUGAUGAAGUACCCAGCCGAGCAGAGCUAACACAGUAUCAGAAGAGAUUUAUUGAACUAUACAGUCAGGUCUCAGCAACUCACAAAGAAACAAAGCAGUUCUUUACUCUUUAUAAUACACUGGAUGAUAAAAAAGUAUAUUUGGAAAAGGAGGUCAAUUUACUGAAUUCUAUCCAUGACAACUUUCAUCAAGCAAUGGCAUCUUCUGGUUCUCGUGAGCAGUUCUUACGACAGAUGGAGCAGAUUGUGGAAGGCAUCAAACAGAAUCGAAUGAAGAUGGAAAAGAAGAAGCAAGAAAAUAAAAUGCGAAGAGAUCAGUUGAAUGAUGAAUACUUAGAGCUUCUAGAGAAACAGAGGCUUUACUUUAAAACAGUGAAAGAAUUUAAAGAGGAAUGUCGUAAGAAUGAAAUGCUGCUGUCCAAGUUGAAAGCUAGUUCUUCCUGAAGAUCUCCAGCUGGUGAAGUUGAUCUAUAUGAUUGUUCAGUCUAUACAUUAAAUCUUUUUUGUGAAGUGAAAGUUACAGCUGCAAUUGUAGACCUAUGUGUGUGUAUAUACACAUACACACAGCUGUAAAGUCUGGGAUUUUUUCCAGUAUGUACUCUUCUACAUUCCUUCAUGAAAUGGCUGUAUUAUUCAUUAUUGCCUCCACUACACAGUAAAGAGUUAAUGCAGUACAGCAAAACAGAAA